AUGGCAUUGUCCGCUUGUCAGUCUUCCACAUUCACUUUUCCCUUUAUAGCUGGCACAACGCUGGUGUCAUUGACUGCCCAGGUGUUCAACCAGUCUAAUCCCUCCAUCUUCCCAAUUGAAACUUACGCGUCCACCCCGGUCCCCCUCAACCACAGUCUGUCUUUCUGCAAUGUGAGCUUGACAUACUCGCACCCGGGCUACAACGAUGCCGUGAAUACUAAUGUCUACUUACCCUUCAACAACGACUGGAAUGGCCGUUUGCUCGGCGUGGGCGGCGGAGGGUUCGACACAGGAGAAAACGCCAAGUUGAUGCUCGGCGGCUUGGUCCUGGGCUAUGCAGCAGUGUCUACUGAUGGCGGUCACCGUGGCGGGGCAUUUACGCCCGAUAUCGCUUCGGUGGCGGAUUGGGCCAUCCUCUCGCCUGGCAACAAUAACCUGCCUCUGAUAGAGGACUUUGCGACCACCUCAGUUCGCGACACCUCGAUGAUUAGCAAAUCCAUCUCUACAGCCUUCUAUGGCAAGUCGCCAAAGAAGGCGUAUUGGACUGGUUGCAGCCAAGGUGGACGACAGGGACAUAUGCUUGCCCAGCGAUACCCGGGCACGUACGACGGGAUUCUGGCCAAUGCCCCGGCCAUCAAUUGGGGGCAGUUCUUCCCCAACAUGUUGUGGCCGGCCGCCGUCAUGAACUCGAUCAAAUACUAUCCGGCGCCAUGUGAAAUUGCCGCCAUCACCACGGCGGCGGUCAAGGCAUGUGACGGCCUCGAUGGUGUCGUGGACGGUGUCAUCAGCAGAAACGAUCUCUGCCACUUCGACGCCACCACCGUGGUCGGCCAGGAGAUUAACUGUGACGAAACCGGACAGCUCGUUGACACAGACACAGACACAAACGUCACUACCUACAAGGUCAAAAUCUCUCAAGGAGCUGCAACCAUGAUGAAUCUGACGUGGCAAGGAUCGACUUCAGCAGAUGGCCUCUUUGAGUGGUAUGGCUAUGGACGUGGGGCGGAUAUUUCCGUGACAGGCAACACCACCUGUGAGCUCGCCGACGCCAGCGGCGAGUCCGACUCGCGCUUUAAUUGCACAGCCGUACCUCUCUUGCUGGGGGAGAAUUGGAUCCGGAAAUUCAUCUACGCGGUCCCCGAAGACAACCUCAAGACCCACGCUGCCAGCGGACCAGUCCCGCCAUGGUCGUUUAUGGCCAACAUCACCUCUCGCGAGGCUUACGACGAGAUCUUCAAGCUCUCGCUCGUGACCUUUACGGACUGGCUGGAAACCGCGUCCUCCAACCUUGACGACUUCCGCAAGCGUGGAGGCAAACUCCUGACUUGGCACGGCGGGAACGACCAGUACAUUGCUCCCAACGGCACCGUGGACUACUACGAACGCGUUUUGGCGCGAGACCGCUCCCUUAGGGUCCAAACAUCUGACUACUACCGGUUCUUCGAGGCUCCAGGCCUCCCUCACUGCGCGAUGGGACCUGGCCCGUACCCAUUGACAGGUCUCGACGCCCUGGUCAAGUGGGUGGAGGAAGGUCAGGCGCCAGACACGUUGGAUGCUGUCAGCCUUCCAGAUGCCACCGGCCAGACGUGGGCAAGACCCCUCUGCCUCUAUCCAAAGAAGCAGGUCUGGAAUGGCAAAGGCAAUCCCAGAGAUCCCUCGGGGUGGACUUGUCAGUGA